UGGGCCACUUCCCGGCGCGCGGACCCCGGAGCUGCUCCCCGAGCGGACGGCGGCUCGGGCGCCCCAGAAUGCAGAACAGUUGAUCUUUCAACAGAUGAAGAGGAUGGAGCAUACGAUGCCUCAGAAACUAAGGAUGAUCAGCGUUCAUCUUCCGACAGCUCUAGCUCUCUGGAAGAAGAAUUUUCAUCAAUAGUAAAUAUCCCUGAUGCAGCUUUUAUUCAGGCAGCCCGCAGAAAACGUGAAUUGGCCAGGGCCCAAGAGGACUAUAUUUCUUUGGAUGUAAAACAUAUUUCUACCAUCGCUGAUACGAAGAAAGAUAGUGAUGAAGAUCCUGAGAGUGAGCCUGAUGACCAUGAAAAAAGAAUACCAUUUACCCUAAAGCCUCAAACACUUAGACAAAGAAUGGCUGAAGAAACAACAACCGGAAAUGAAGAAACAAGUGAAGAAAGUCAGGAAGAUGAAAAUCAAGAUAUUUGGGAACAGCAGCAAAUGAGGAAAGCAGUUAAAAUCAUAAAGGGAAGAAACCUAGAUCUUUCUCACAGUAGUGAAUUCCAAACAGUGAAGAAGUUUGAUACUUCCAUUUCAUUUCCACCAGUAAAUUUAGAAAUUAUAAAGAAGCAAUUAAAUAGUAGGGAGACUGCCCAAAGGACUAAUUUCUGCCUUAUCUAUCUUGGAACACUAAUGGGGAACUGUUAUACCUUGAAUGCCUGGGGCCACAGAAGAAUUAUCAACAUCCAAGAAAUAGAAUCAUCCAUGCAUGCACUCCUUUUAAAACAAGCCAUGACCUUUAUGAAACGCAGGCAAGAUGAAUUAAAACAUGAAUCAACGUAUUUACAACAGUUAUCACGCAAAGCUGAGACAUCAACAAAUGGAAGCUUGGCUAUAGAUGAAAAAACUCAAUGGAUUUUAGAAGAAAUUGAAUCUCGAAGGGCACAAAGAAGACAAGCAAGGGCACUUUCUGGGAAUUGUGAUCAUCAGGAAGGGACAUCUAGUGAUGAUGAACUAUCUUCAGCAGACAUAGCUGACUUCCAAAAAAGUCAAGGUGACAUUUUACAGGAUCAUAAGAAGAUCUUUGAAGAUGUGCAUGAUGAUUUUUGUAAUAUCCAGAAUAUUUUGUUAAAAUUUCAACAAUGGCGAGAAAAGUUUCCUGAUUCUUACUAUGAAGCUUUCAUUGGUUUAUGCAUACCAAAGCUUUUAAAUCCCCUAAUACGAGUUCAGUUGAUUGAUUGGAAUCCUCUUAAGUUUGAUUCCAUAGGUUUAAAACAGAUGCCAUGGUUCACAUCUAUAGAAAAAUUUAUAGAUAAUAGUAUGGAAGAUUCAAAGAAGGAAGAUAGUUCUGAUAAGAAAAUCUUGUCUGCUGUCAUCAACAAAACAAUUAUUCCACGACUUACAGACUUUGUAGAAUUCAUAUGGGAUCCUUUGUCAACCUCACAGACAACAAGUUUAAUAGCUCACUGCAGGAUGAUUCUUGAAGAACAUUCCACUUGUGAGAAUGACGUUAGUAAAGGCAAACAGGACUUACUUAAAUCCAUUGUUUCAAGAAUGAAGAAAGCAAUAGAAGAUGAUGUUUAUAUUCCUCUGUAUCCAAAAAGUGCUGUAGAAAACAAAACAUCACCACAUUCAAAGUUCCAAGAAAGACAAUUCUGGUCAGCUCUAAAGAUAUAUUCUGUCAUCGCCACCGCUUUCUUUCAACUUCAAAGGCACGUUGGUCUUUAGACAUUUUCUGUCAAU